AUGAGCUACCUCAAGUGGGAUGCAGCAGUCCCAACGACAUCCGCAAAACAAGUAUUUGACCCAUGGAAGCCCGGAUUUUUGGAUAUUCAUCAUCUCUACGUGGGAAGCAGUGUCUCCACGUUUAUCAUUUUGCCAGAUUCCACCACGCUGCUUAUCGAUGCGGGACAAGUCAACCUGGAAAAACAACGCCAAUGGUGGAAAUCACUGGGACCGCCCUAUGACAAGCUAAAGGCACUGGAUCCAGUUCCAAUUGCUUCCAAGAGUCCCUCCGAAUGGAUAUUUGACUACAUGACGGAAUUUUGGCCUUCUUCCAAGCAACGACACAACCGAACCUUGGAUUAUCUCCUCGCGACGCAUUUUCAUUCGGAUCAUUUUGGAGAACCAAACAACAACAACAAUUUGUCAGCCGUAUCGCUGUCAGGGAUUCCUUGGAUUGCCAGCCAAUUGCCCAUUGGCAAGCUCGUGGAUCGAGGAUACCCUCAGUACGAUUUCCCAAAGGACUUGAGGUCCGCGGGAGAUGACAACACGAAACAUUAUAUCGACUUUGUGGAUACUACUAUUGCUACAAAGCAGUCCAAAAUAUCCAUGGAGCAGUUUCAAGUGGGAAGCAAGACACAAAUUCGACCUCUGCACGGACAACAGCAAGAGGAUCUUGUCAUUCAAGUCAUUAAAAACAACAAUCUGGUGGUGCAAAAUAAUGAUAAUGACGAAGCAACAACAACAAUAGCACAGAUUAACGGAACGUUUCUCGAUGAACACGGACAAUGGAACGAAAACGCCCUGAGUGCUGCUUUUGUUAUUCAAUAUGGGGAUUUCCGGUAUUACGAAGGGGCAGAUCAAGAAGUGGUACGCGAAAAGCACGGUAAUACUAUCCUGUUGGACACGAUUGGACCCACGGCCCGAGCGGCUGGUGCCGUCGAUGUGGCGAGCUUGAAUCAUCAUGGACAUGGUGUGACUGCAGAGUUUGUCGACGUGAUGGAUCCACCCGUGGUGGUUCUUCAGGGGUGGUGCUCGGAUCAACCCAAAAGUGAGAGUGUGCGACUGCUGCAAUCUCCGAGUCGUCAGAUAUUUGCCACCCACGUAUUUCCCGAACGAUUGAAUGCCAUGGGACCAGAGUUGGCGAGACUCUUUGCUUCCACUUGGGGGCACGUUGUAGUUCGAGUCCAUCCUCCUGCUGCCGACGAUCCGCAACAACCGCAAACAUAUGAAAUUUUCGUGUUGGAUGGACAGCGACAGUUGAAAUCAUAUCAUGGUCCUUACACUCCCAGGAAAAAGAAGCAUUGA